AUGGUCACUACAAGUGAUCAAGAGGAUGAAGACAAGAAAAGCAACCUCUCCCAACAGCCUGAAAACAACUCAACAGAGGAGGUGGAUAGAGAUCACCAAGAACCAGAAAUCUCACAACAAGAGUUGCUGAAGCUCUAUGCACCAUUUCCCCAACUGCUCAAUGGUGUUGUGGGGAAGAGAAUAUACUCAAGGUUCCUAGACUUGUUUGCAUCUCUACAUGUGAACAUACCAUUCAUCAAGGCCAUACAACAAAUGCUUGCAUUCAUCAAGUACAUGAAGGAACUUCUUCCCAGGAAAAGCUCACUCAAAGGAGGCCAAACUAUAGUGUUAAACAAGGAAUGUAGUGCCCUGAUUCAACCUGAAUUGCCUGCAAAAAGAAGAGACCCAGGGAGUUUUCACAUCCCCUGUGCCAUAGGGGAAACAAUGUUCGAUAAAGCACUCUGUGAUUUAGGGGCAAGCAUCAACUUACUGCCCCUAUCCCUGGCGAAAAGGCUGCAAAUCAAUGAGAUAAUGCCCACAGAUGUGGUCAUCAGACUGGCUGAUAAGACUCAAAAGCAAGCAAUAGGAGUGGUGGAAAAUGUGUUACUAAAGGUUGGGAAAUACUUUAUCCCAACAGACUUUGUCAUCUUGGACAUGGAAGAAAGUCACACUCACCCAAUCAUAUUAGGAAGACCCUUCCUAGCUAUAGCCAAAGCACUCAUAGAUGUGGAGAAAGGAGAGCUAAUAUUGAGGAUCCAUGAUGAACGGCUCAGCUUUAAUGUCUUCAAACUCUCACAAGAAGUAGACCAAGAGCACAAGGAACCAAGUAAAGACCAUGAUGAGAUGCUAAAGGAGGAAGCAUGCACAGAAGCACACCUAACCUAUUUGGAGACUCCUUUGGUUGAUAAACAAGGGAAACAACAACUACCACAGCUCAAGGAGAAGUUAGAAGAACCUAAACCUCUAGAGGCAUGUAAAGACAACAUCACAAAUCCCUUAGAAAAAGAAGUCAUCAAGAGCAAGGCAAUAUCAAAGGACACAAGGAAGAAGGUACCAAGGAAGUGGAAGAACAAAAAGAUCCCUACGAAAGACUUCUCUCCAGGUGAUAGAGUGAUCUCAGCUUACUUUCCAGAUAUCCCCCCUAAUCUCCCUACUGUACCAUCUCAGUUACCUAAAGUCUUCACAAUCAACAGAAUUCUCUCCCUGGAACAUGUAGAGAUCAUUGAUACAACCAAUGGAUACAAGUCCACAGCGAGAGGAGAGGACUUCAAGCAUUACCAACCACCCUGA